CAGGGGCGGACUGACCAUUUGGAAACUUGGGCACUGCCUGAGGGCCCGGGGUCAGUAAGGGGCCCAAUGAGAUGCCCCUGGUACCUUUUUCAUAGGAUUUUUUGAGUUUGGGCAAGGGCACAGGGGCCCCAUGAUCCCCUAUGGCCCGGGGGCCUCAUGAGUUGUCAGUCCCCCCUGGGCCUGCUUUUUUGGGUGUGAUUUGAGUGUGGGCGAGGACACAGGGGCCCCAUGAGUUUUCAGUC